AUGCCAGUCACCCAAUACUCUCACGUCAAGCCCGGUCUCGCAGUUUCGAUAGUGCUGAAAGCAGACCAAAGAACCGGCCGACAGGUUCAAGGCACAGUCUCCCAGCUCCUCACUCGCGGCAACCACCCUCGAGGCAUCAAGGUCAAACUCACGGACGGUAGAGUCGGACGUGUUCAAAAACUCCUCCCCGCGCAGCUCUCUCAAUCCUCUCAUUCCGGACUCCCUACUAAGCGAACCAUGACUUCAAACAACCCUUGGGAAGACGCUGCAAGCCAAAAUCCUUGGAGCGAGGAUCCCCCACGAGCCAGCGACACGAAUCAAAAUUCCAGCACUGCACAGUCAUAUUACCAGUCAAAUCCGGACUCCUCACAAUAUGAGGCGCCGUCGCAUCCUCCUCCCGGCCGAUCGAGCGAGAACCCGUGGCAGCAGGGGCAGCAGGGGCAGCAAGGACAGCAAGCACCUUCACUUCCACCUCGCCAGGCACCGGGACGACAGUCCGACACGGACCAGAUGUUAGAAGGUCAAGGUGAUCGCGCCGAGCAGAUCGAGCACAUGCAGCAGUACGAGGCGAGCGCGCCACAAAGUGAGAACGACAGAACACAAGCACAACUAGAAAAAGAGUUUCCCAACAUCGACGGCGCCUUGAUUGCAGCCAUCUACAGCGAGAGACCUGGAGAUCUAGCCGAAGUGAGAGAGAUGUUGCAAGAGUUGAAUGCAAGUUGA